ACCAGUCAUUACUUUCUCAAGUCAUUCAACUCACACAUUUAUAAAUUAGUGAUAAAUAAAUAUGGAGAGCCAGAAAUUCUUAUUAGCCGUAUUACUGUUCAUUGUCCCGCUUGCCACCGCAAUAAAAAUUUCUGAAGAUCCUACUGAUUACCAACGUACCAAUUACACGUGUCUAGAAAAUUCAGUAGUAGUUGAAUUCCGACGUAGAGCUCCGUUCGACGUUACUUUUUCUACAUUAUGUACACCUAAAGAUGAUACCGAUUCAGGAUGUUCGAGAACGUUUUUACAGCACGAACCAGCAAUAAAAGAACUUAAAUUCAAACCAUGUGGAUCAGGAUCUCGAAAUUUUCGUGUGUACAUAGAAGAAAAAUAUAAAGAUUUAGUCAUUGAACAUUGGGUCAAUAUUAACUGUCCUGCUUGGAAUAGCCCUUUUCAAAUUGUGAAGAGAUGGUUUGGUCGUUUGUUCUCUUAAAAUUUUGAAAUAUUAUGUAAUUAUGUCAUAAUAGAACUAAUUUCUGG